AUGGCCAAAGUGAAGCUCAUGUACUACCCACAACAUGGCUCGGGAAAGCUCUCCUCCGGUUGGCGCGCAUUUCAGAAAGGAACUUCCCCGAAGGAAGGAGAUGCCUGUGUGUUCGAGCUUGUUAGGAUUGAUAAUAUUGAACUCAAAGUCUCCAUUUUGAGAAGGAAUGUCGAGACUCGGACUAGUGAACAUUACACGGGGAAGUUGCAUCUUCGAAAAUUCCGAGUACGUGUCAUGCUGGCUUCUCUUAGCUCUGCUUCUGAACCUUCACGGGUAACUACGGCUCUCGAAGCAGCCGGCAAGUACGAGCUGCAGUAUCCUUCCUUCACAGUAGUUAUCCGGGCACAUCAUCAAUUGAAGAAUGGUGUGACCGUCCCAGGCAGUUUUUUUAAGGGACGCAUCAAUGGAAGAAUGCAAACUGCAACUCUUAAAUGUACAGACGGAUCAUGGCCAGUGAAGCUCAUGUACUACCCACAACAUGGCUCGGGAAAGCUCUCCUCCGGUUGGCGCGCAUUUCAGAAAGGAACUUCCCUGAAGGAAGGAGAUGCCUGUGUGUUCGAGCUUGUUAGGAUUGAUAAUAUUGAACUCAAAGUCUCCAUUUUGAGAAGGAAUGUCGAGACUCGGGUGUGA